GAGAGUUACGACCUUUUUACAUAUUUUUUAUUCAGUAUCAAUGAUGCACCCGUGAUUUAAAGGAGCUUAGGAUUCUAUUUUUCUCAUUUUAUGACUAAACAACCAUAAAUUUAUUUAAUUUUGCUUGGGACGCAAAAAAUAUUUGCGUCGUCAGCCCUGACCAAUGCUGGUCGGUUCAGUGGCGGUGUCCGUUGUAGGCGUGGGCAGUUACAGUAAUUAAACGUUGUAUUUAACGUGUGUUUUUUAAUUUGUAUAAAGUGAUCAGCUAUUCCUGAUAGAAUGGCUUACGAGACGAGUUUUCGUAUUUUGUUGGCAGCAUUAUUUGUUCUCUGUUGUAUUCAACAAGGAUUGACUAUCAAAUGUUGGGUGUGUAGAUCAGAUCAGGAUCCAAAGUGUGCAGAUCCCUUUGACAAUAGGACUGUACCAAUUACGGAUUGUAAACAAGAACCGGAAUUAGAGCAUUUACAAGGAGUGAGGCCUACUAUGUGUCGUAAGAUUCGCCAAAAAGUCAAUGGUGUAUGGAGAUACUUUCGCAGUUGUGCUUAUAUGGGAGAACCUGGAAUUGCAGGGGAUGAAAGAUUUUGUCUUAUGAGAACAGGAACAUAUAAUAUAUUUAUGGAGUAUUGCACAUGCAAUAGUAAGGAUGGCUGUAACACUGCAUCCUAUAAUCAUGGAAGUUUGUUGGGCUUGGUAUUAGGUUUAGUAAUUUCAUUGAGAUACAUACUUUGUCAUACUUAACAGACUUAACCAAAGAUAUAUUGGAUUAACAGAUUGGUAAAUCUGAGUAAGCAAUAGAUAUUUCAUUAUACAUUUUUACAAUAUAGAAUUCCGUCCGUACUUAUUAAUCGACAAUCUUAUGAUCUGAACUUCAGGGAGAUAGAAUGCUUGGAUUGCAAAUUAGGGAAUGUUUUAUAAAAAAUGUUUGUAUCGUAUAUCAUUGAAUAACUUUUUUACUAUAAAGUGCCUAUUCGUGUCUUCAUAGAGAAAAGAUGAAUAGAAUAUUUCUAAGGCAUUUUUUAGCAACUAUACAAUACCAUAGGAGUACAUUUUAUAUCUUUUUUAAGGAAUAGUUUACUUCAGAUUAUUCCAUUCUUUGAUAGAUCUAUAUUUUUUUUAAUAUAAUAUAAUUUUAAAAUGGAAGAAUAUGCUUGUAUUAUACUUACAAUUAGUUCUCAGUUUAGAUUUGCUUAGUACAAAAUACUAAAAUGCCCAUCUACUGAAAUGAUGGUAACAUCAUACCAUAAAUAAGACUGUUAAUACCGUCCAUUUUAAAAACCGUGAAUCGAGCGUUAGUGCGAAAUGAUGUCGCUUUUUAUAUUUUUAUAUGUACUUUCUGAAAGUGUAGUUAGUUAACGAACGCCAGACAAGUAAAAAUACAAUUACUUACAAAAAUGCAUUACUCUUUUGUGUAUUUUGUAAAUGUGUAUUAUAAUAGCAAUAAAUAAAAAUGCAUUAAGAACGUUA